GAGCCGCCGCGGUCCCACCGAAUUCCAAUUUCGUGCAGUUUACUAAAGGAACAUACACAGAUGCUUUGGAAAGAAAUAGAAAGACGUGGAUACUGGGUUUCUAUUUCAAGAGUAAUCAACAUUAACUGGGAUUUUUCAAGGUGCAAUGUUUCAGGAUUACAGGCCUACGUCCGGACGGGCGCUGGAGCAGCGUGGGAUCUGAGUAGGACGGAGUACAGAGCUACACCACAGGCUGGUACCUGGGCUAUCGAGCCCUAGACGGGCGAGCAUGCUGGCUGCCGUUGGGAUGCUGAGGCAGAGCAGUGGUGGAAGUGGUGGCGGGGGUGCAGGCGGUACCAGCGGAGGAAACAAAAGAUCUCUGGGCAUCUCACGCGGUUCCAACUCCCACUUCUUCCCGUUGUCCGCAGGCGCCAGCAUGGGCACUAGCAAUGGCACUGCUGCCAGUGCCGCGGGUACUGGGACAUGGGGGACGGGGGGCAGAGGAGCUAAGAGUAGCUCCCUGAGUUCCAUUAGCUCCGGAUCGGAUGUUGUAGAUGCCUCCACCCCUCCCGUCGGCACCACAGACCCAGACUACAUCAUGCAGCUGGUCAACGAUGUGCGCAGGUUCGCCGACGUCCUUCUUCAUCUCAAGGAGGCUUUUCACACCAAUGAACACCAGGACUGUCUUCAUCAGCUGGUCCAUGAGCGUCUUGGGGAACUGCUUCGUGUCUUGAAGACAGUGAUCAGCAAACAUCAGACUCUGAACUCUGUGGACAUCCUCAGUGCUGCAGGCACUGUCAUCGCACAGGUCAAAGGCGUUAACUUCAAGGAGGUAAACGAGGAGAACAAGCAGAAGCUUUUCGGAGAGAUUUACACUUCUGUCGACACAUUGGCAUUCACUUUUGGCAAUGUAGUGUCUGACUUCCUUAUGGGAGAUGUAGAGAAUGGUUCACCGUUGGGGCUGCCCCUGACCCGAAGAAGCAGGUCAUUUGAGAACCUCUCUGUGGAAUCUGGAGGAUCCGGUCCAGAGAAAGAUGAUCCUUCAGGUCCGUCCCCACCGGCGAGGGCGGAGGAGGUGGAUGGUGUUGACCUGGCUCUACAGCGAAGUGAAGGCGGAGUUGAGUCGGCUCUGCUGUACGCCAAGGCCUGGUCCAAGUACACCAAGGAACUGCUGGCCUGGGUGGACAAACGACUCAGUAUGGAUAUGGAGUGUGCAAAGACCUAUGCCAAGAUGGCAGAAUCAGCAAAGACCCUUGCCAGUCAGCAGGAAUUCAUGCCGUUCCAGGAAAUCUACAUGUCAGCGUUUAGGAAUGAUACAGAGUACAGCAAACUCCUUCUACACACAGCAGCUGCCCUUCAAACCAACAAAUUCAUGCAGCCUCUCCUUGUGCGGAAGAAUGAGCUGGACAAACUGAGGAAGGAGGUCAAGGAGCAGUGGCAGAGAGAGCAGAAGAAAAUGCAUGAGGCGGACAGUGCACUUCGGAAGGCCCGCGUUCUGCAGGCUCAGAGACAAGAGGAGUAUGAGAAGGCCCGGGUGUCCACCAGCCGUGUUGAGGAGGAGCAGCUGGGAGCAGCGAAGCUGGAGAAGAGACGCAGACUGGAGGAGGAGGCGAUGCAGAAGAUGGAUGAGGCCAGAGACCACUGCAAGGCCUGUCUGACUGACAUCGAGGUGAAGCGAGUUGACAUGGCCAACACCAAGAAUGACAUUAUUACCCAGCUACGAAAGCUGGUCUUCCAGUGCGACCUCACUCUCAAAGCUGUGACAGUGAACUGGUUCCAGCUACAACAGGCCCAGGUUGUGUCUCUGCCCGUCAACUAUCAGACUCUGUGUGAGAGUGCCAAGCUGUACGAGCCGGGCCAACGCUACAUCGACUUCAUCAGGAGUCUCCCGGCCCAAUCAGAAAGGUCCAGGGUGGAGUCCUACUCCUUUGAUGCCACCGUCUCUCACAGUAACAACACAGGGCUGCCACUCGCCAAGCGCUCCUUGAGCAGCACCCACUGCAAUGCUUACAGUUCCCAAGGUAACCUGUCUCAGAUGUCCGUCACGUCCGGGGACUUCCUGGGUACAGAAGUGGAGAGCCCGGUCCAUACAGGGCCUGUCAGGAUUUCUGAGAGACGCUCAAACAGCACCACUGACAUCCAAGCUCUGAGGAUCCAGGGCCCAUUCAGGGCCUGGGGAACUGGUAAUCAGGGUGGGGGGAUGUGCAGUGACUCAGAGAGCGCUGGGGGCAGCAGUGAGUCCCGGUCUAUGGACUCUCCCACCGCAAGUCCAGGUGACUUCAAGAGGAGAUUACCUAGAACCCCCUCCACGGGGACCAUGUCAUCAGCUGAUGACCUGGAUGAGAGAGAGCCGCCCUCGCCGUCAGACAAUGGUGUGAGUGAGAUGGUGACGGAGACGGCCAGUUCCCCGGGGCCUUUCCGGAACACCCAGAUGUCCAAGGCAGCCCAGACACACAAGCUGAGGAAGCUGAGGGCUCUGUCCAAAUGCAGAGAGUGUGACAGUUUGGUGGUCUUCCAUGGAGCUGAAUGUGAGGAGUGCUCUCUCGCCUGCCAUAAGAAGUGCCUGGAGACUCUGGCCAUCCAGUGUGGUCAUAAAAAACUGCAGGGAAGACUGCACCUCUUUGGCAUUGACUUCACCCAGGCAGCUAAGAACAACCCUGAUGGAAUCCCUUUCAUCAUCAGGAAGUGUACCUCGGAGAUAGAGAAUAGAGCACUAGAUAUCAAGGGUAUCUACCGAGUUAAUGGGGCAAAGUCUCGUGUGGAGAAGCUCUGUCAGGCAUUUGAGAAUGGCAAGGACCUAGUGGAGCUAUCUGAUCUUUACCCCCAUGACAUAAGCAAUGUGCUCAAACUCUACCUGAGACAACUUCCAGAGCCUCUCAUCCUGUUUCGUUACUAUAACGACUUCAUUGGCCUGGCCAAGGAGAGCCAGAGCCUUAUUGUGGAUGAGAUGGAGGCGUCCAGGGUCAGCCCCGCCUCCCUGACCCCACCACAGGUCAGUGUGGAGCUCAACCGGGUCCUCUUCAAGAUUAAAGACCUCCUGAGACAGCUGCCCCCAGCCCACUACAAGACCCUGCAGUUCCUCAUUGAACACCUGCACAGGGUGACAGAGCAAGCCGAGGAAAAUAAGAUGACAGCCAGUAACCUGGGCAUCAUCUUCGGCCCCACACUUAUCAAACCCAGACAGACUGACGCCGAGGUGUCCCUGUCCUCCCUGGUGGAUUACCCCUACCAGGCCCUGAUCGUGGAGCUCCUAAUUAGACACUACCAGAUGAUAUUUGAUGCCCCUCUUAGCCCCCUGCCACGUCCCCCGGCCUCUUCCCGGAAGGGCCAGGGAGCCCAGCGCCGCCUCAGCCCUCGUGAGAAGGAGCAACAGCUUAGUAGACACUCCAAGUCUCUAGUAGACAUCAAGGAGCAGAGCUCGAAGGUUUAUAAGCGCCAUUCCUCCGUAAUCCCCUCCACCUGUUUAAUGGACGAGGUCAGAGAGGGGACGUCCACGCCCGAAGGCAGUGACUUUGCACCUGUUGUGGAUGAGGACUCCGAGCAGCUCAAUGGGUUCCUUUCUGGCAGUGUCCCGGAGGUCCGGAGAGCAGGUGGAGAAAGGGAGAGGGGGGACCGGGUCCUCACUCGAGCCCACCACACUGCCACCAGGGUCCACCUCCGCCAUCCGCGCUCCAAGUUCGUUUCCCGGCCCAUCAGCAUGCCCGUGGAAAGGCUGCCGAAAGCCGCCUUCGGUGUGGACGAGAGGAACGCCAGGAACACCGCCGAGCAUGAGAUCGGGGCUGGCACUGGGAGCACGGAGGAUGUCACGCGAGACCAGUCGAUUGAGGAGGUCUUAGACGACGACAAGCCGAAGUCCAGGGCCGGCAACCACUAUCGGAGCACUUUCAUCGACACGGGGACACUACGCAGGACGUGGGACAGACAGUACAAGCAUUAUGACAGGUCAGCUAAGAUCAUGACCAACCUGCCUACAAUAGACAAGGAGGCAGAGGACUCGACCGACAACUUCUCAAAGUCUGUACCACCAUCGUCCUCCUUGAACUCCCUUGGGAGCGGUGGCUACACAACAAGCACCGUCUGCCCUGACAGGCCCUAUAGCCUUGCAGUGCGACCGGGCAGGACUUUAAGAAGGGAGGGGAACGUAUGCGAGCACAGUUCGGUGCCGACUGCAUUCAGGCCCCCACGGACUCUACAGCCACCCCCUGGAACCUUCUACAAACCCCCCUCGGGGAGCAAGCUCAAAGGGCUAGGGGACGCCGGGCUGAAGAGUUGUGCCGUGGCAGCUAACAGUGCAGAGGAGGAGGAAGAAGAGGAGGAGGAAGAAGAAGAAGAGGAGGAGGAGGAAGAGGAUAUGGGGCUGGAGAUGGGACUGGAGGUCUCUGUAGAUGAAGACACUGUGGAGGAGGACGUUGAGGUUCCGCAGCAGGCUGCAGGCAACUCUCUGUCUCUGCCGCAGUCCCCGAGCUCCAGCCCAGAGGAUCUCAGCCAGGAGGCCAAGCCUGUGUACCAGAGACUUCGGCCCAGACGCUUGCAGGAGUUUGAGCACCGCGAGGCUCAUUUUGUAUGACUGUGUUAAUCGUCAACACAAUUCUUUUUACAGUCAUUUUCCUUCUAUGACUAGAAAAUUAAAUGGUGAAAUGUGUAUAAUAUGUGCCAUAUUGUUUGCGAAGAACAAAAAUAAUUUCCAGAACUGUGAAAAGAUUACCCCGAAAAGUGUUAUACAUGUAUAUAUUAAUAUAUUCCUUGUUAUGUAUUUUUGAUUUCCUGCAGUUGGUUCUGGAAGGAACUAUUGGAAUGCAAGUCCCAAAACCAAGACAGGAGGCACUUAGUUAGCUACACCACAAUGUGUCUGUUACAAGUAACUUCACCAAUUCUUGAUUCCUCUGUAACAUUUUUGUAUAUAGAAAGCCACAUAAUCAAAAUUUGCUUCAAGUUAUUAUUUUGGAUUUUAUGUAUACACUAUUUUAACAUAUUGCUCAAUACAAAGUAAGGCCAGGAUAGCAUUUUUGGUAGCACUUUAAUAACACCUUCUAAUAAAGAGUUGUAAUGGAUUGGUAAGGAAUUUAUUCACAAUGUAUUUGUCAUCACUACCAAAGUGUGUACAUAGUUAUUCACACAUUUAUAAAAAAAAAAAAAAACAUUUGAAAUAUAAACCAUUGAAGUAAUAAUAUAAUUAUUCCAAAACAUAUUCAAUAUAUGUCCUUUAAACUGUUUAAUUAAUUUUUUAAAGUGAAGACUAUUUGUACUUUAUAAAUGUUAUUGAUCAUGCUCAAAAUGGCCUAGCGCAUAGGUACAAUACAGGAGAUGUUUAAGAAAAUAUAUUUAACACUCUAAAGCCAUCCGUGUUAUAAUAGUUUAAUGUGUAACUUCACUGUACUCAUUAUGUUUUUUUCUCCCAAAUAUACUAAUGUACUCUGGAACCAAAACUUAGGGUAUGUUGCAGGAACCGUCCAUACUGCUAAUAAGGAAACAUAUUUUACAUAAGUAUUUCUUAGAACUAUCACAUAAACUUUGUGGAUAUCUUUGAAAUCAAUAUCCUUUGUAGGAUAGUUAAGCAAUAAGGUCCAGGUUGUGUAGAUCUAUGGCCAACAUACCAUGGCUAAAAGCAACUGCCUGGAUACAGCCCGUUUCAUUUGGAUAUUGGCCAUGUACCUGUAAUGUGCUUUAUUGCUAGUGUAAACCAAUUACCAACAAAAUGACAAAAGUACAUUUUAGUUUUUAAUACCCAUCAAACAAAGGCUAACAUACCAUCUAACAGCUUCUCAACAUUCAGGGUUGAAACUCAGGUUUAUAAUCUGCAGUAUAAUACAGUGAAAUUAGUCUGUGGUUAAAACAAAGAAUCACUAGAAGCUUUUCAAAGUCACUCGUCAAAUAUCUACAGCGAAUGAAUACAUUUCACAUUUCUACAUAGUAAGAAGGAUUCUCAAGGAUUGUUCAGGUUGGGUGAUGGUUCUAUUUACUCAAAGAACCAUUUCACCUCAAUAAUGAAUUGCUGCCUACAAAAUGUGUUGAAUUGUAUGCCAUUUAAUAUUGUAUAUUACAUGACUAAAUGGGAUGUUAUUAAUGUUAAUAAAGGGUUAAUAUAGGAUUAUAUCCAUAGCAGAACCCUUUUUUUGAUACUAUAUCAAAUGUCAUUAUGGUUUUGUCUAGAUUCUUAAGGGUCCAAGAACCAUAUGUAUUCCAUUUAGAAUAAUAUGAGCAAUAAUUUGAGGUUCUAUAUAGUGCAAAAAGGCUUAACUGUAAUAAACCUUGUUUGGUGCUAUAUAUCCAUUUAAUUUAGUUUACACUGUACCCUUUAUGAGCAUGAAAAUAGCCAUUUCGUUUUGUAAGAUAUACGCUGGUCAAUCAAUUAAGUAUUUUUUCCAGUAUCAAUAUCCCUACAUUUAGAGUGUAUUAAAUAUCUUAUGAAUGUUCUAAUACAUCAAUAAUAAAUAAUCAUAUUAAGUAGUUUAUAACUGUGUGAAUAACUACCUUAGCACAAAUUUUGGAGUGAAGAUUAAUCCAUGAUGAUUAAACUGUUUACUAUAAUGCAUAGAUUUUUUUACAAGGAGUUAUUAUGAAGUAUUACCCAUGUUCUAUAUCUUAAGGGUGCAAUUACAUUUUAUUCAAAAUAUGUAUCUCUUGUAUGAAAUUGUUGUAAACCGUUUGUAUUUCUAUAUGCCAAAACAUAUUAUUUCAACACCUGUUAGAGUGUAGUAUGUAUUGCCACUUUAUGAAAUAGAGUUUGAUCCACAAACCUAUCUGUAAUCCAGUCCAGUUAUUUUGUGUUACACAUUCAAAUGUUUUGUUUUGCCGCAUUUUGUAUACAGUAUUACUUUUGUAUAACUUUGUAUAUAGUCAUUUGAGAACUUAUGUGUAAUUGUAUAUGAUGCUUCAAUCCAUAAAAUACUUGUGUUGCUAGUUUAACCUCGAAGCCCAAAGUUACAUGUAACAGUGUAUUAAAGAUGAGGUAGAGUCUGGUAGAAUUUAUCAAUACAUAAAAGACCACACCUGUCAUUAAAAAUAGAUCCUAAUAAACAUAUUUGGCACUAACUGGUGGCCGAUAUUUGUAAUUACAAUGCAGAAAAUCGGUGGAAAUAUGCGGCCUAUCAUUGUGGCCCAAAACAGUUUGGUUCACGUUUUUGACGGCCAAAAUAGUUUGGUUCACAUUUUUGUGGCCAAAAUAGUUUGGUUUGUUGUAGAUUUUCUGUAAUGCAAUACAUCAAAAACCAUCAUUCAAAGUAUGUAUAGUCACUUCACAAUUUCAUGUUAUAUUUGCUUACAUAAUAUUUGGCAGUAUGUGAUCCAAACUACACAUUUUACAAUGCAUUGUAAAUGGGAGGAUAUUACAUUUUUCAAUAUAUAUAUAUUUAAAAUACAUUAUUUAGGGUCUCCUGAACCUGUCCUGAUCAAUGCUAUAUUUAUUUGAAAGGACAUUUGGUCCAGGUAUUGAAGGGUUAAUGCAGAUGAUGAAAGCAUCUGUAUCAAUGCCUUGAUUGAAACAUAAGCAUUCAUGGGAAAAAGGUCUAUAUGUUAGUGUAAAUGUGCUACGAACCAAUACUUCAACCAAACAAGAACCUUCUCAUUUUCAAUGUUUACCUUGAAGUUAUUAACCUAACAACACAACUGAAAAGCGUUUUAGUAAUGUUAUUAGUUGUCAGAACAAUAGUCUCUGGCCUCUUGUACCAAGAAUAACAAUAUUACACUGGGCCAAUGUUCAUAACUUUUCGAAAAUGGUUUUCAGUUCACUCAGUUAUUUAAUCCAUAUCUUCAUACUUUGUACAGGUUUUGAAUCCCAAUAGGUGCAUCAUUCAUCUAUAUUUUGUCUUUGCAGAUUGUCACUAAUGUAUUAGAUCUGUUUCACUGUACAAACAGGUACAUACAAACAUACACCUUUUUGUAACUUAUUAAAAUAUAUCUGACAACUUA